AAACCAAAAUUGCGAGAAAACCAUUUCGCUCUCAAAAUCGCAAUAUACCCAAUUUCUUCAGCUAAAACCAGAAGAGCAGCAAUGGCAGGUGAGGAAGACGCAGGAGAGUUCUACCUCAGAUACUACGUCGGUCACAAAGGCAAAUUCGGCCAUGAAUUCCUCGAGUUCGAGUUUCGCCCCGAUGGCAAGCUUCGUUACGCUAAUAAUUCCAACUACAAGAACGACACCAUGAUUCGUAAGGAGGUCUUCCUAACUCCCGCUGUUCUUCGCGAAUGCCGCCGCAUAAUUUCCGAGAGCGAGAUUAUGAAGGAAGAUGAUAACCUCUGGCCAGAACCUGAUGUUAUUGGGAGGCAAGAGCUGGAGAUUGUGAUGGGCAAUGAGCAUAUCUCAUUUACAACUUCAAAAAUUGGUUCCCUUGUUGAUGUCCAGAGUAGUAAAGAUCCUGAAGGACUUCGCAUAUUCUACUAUCUUGUUCAGGACUUGAAGUGUUUUGUAUUCUCACUUAUCUCACUUCACUUCAAAAUCAAGCCAAUAUAAGAUUAUUGGGUGUCAUCUGCUUUGGUUAUAUGGUGGUUUGCAUAUAAAAUCUCGAUCAAUGGUCGUAUUGUGAUGUAUUCUGGAUUUCUGAUUAAUACUUGUGCACAUGUAACCGAACCUUGAUGGAUUCGACAAUUUUCUUAGUUGAAUUAGUUUGUAAGGCUUGUAUCUGAUUCGGAGUGGACGAUUCUGGAUGUUUGUUUUUUGCAUCUAGUUGUUGGUAAAGUUC